AUGCGUUUCACUCUCGCUCUCGCUCUCGGCGCUGCCGUCGCCGUCUCGGCCCAGUCUGCCACCAGCAGCGCUGCUGCUCCCAAAUCCUCCCAGGAGGUCUGCCUGGAUAACUGCGGCAACGAUGUCAACUGCAAGGCUCACUGCAUCACCGUCCCCUCGCCCAACGAAGACCAGGCAAACCAGACCACCGCCUGCGCCGCCAAGUGCCCCCAGGGCAACGGCAGCCCUGCUGACACCCAGACCUUCGCCGACUGCGUCCAGAAGUGCAUCACCGAUUACUACUACAACAAGGAGGGCGGCACCCCCAACCAGAGCGCUGGCUCCGGCUCCGGCAGCAGCUCCGCCGCCGCCGCUCCCACCUCCGGUGCCGCCGCCAACCCCAGCGCGUCCUCCGCCGCCGGCAGCAGCGGUACCAAGUCUGGCUCCGCCGGCAGCAGCGCCACCAGCUCCGGUGCCUCGGCCUCCCAGAGCGCCUCCAAGACCGAGGGCGGCUCCUCGGGCUCGCAGACCAGCGCCAGCGCCAGCAGUACUGCCAGCAAGGGCGCCGCUGCUGGCCUCGUUGCCGGCUCCGGCUCCGUCCUGGGCCUCGUCGCUGCCCUCUUUGCUCUGUAA